CUGCCUCGGACGCGUGAGAAAACUCCCGCGUAUUUACAGGCGCGAGACCUUGUAAGGCCCGGGAGUAAUGUAAACUUCAGCCACAAAAACAGGCGCGUCCGUCCAGCCCCUCGCACCCGGAGCCGACGCGUCUGCGAACAUGGAGCGGCUCGUGGUGCUCAUCACGGGAUGCUCGUCAGGAAUCGGCCUCAGCCUGGCCGUGCGCCUCGCCGCGGACCCGCGCGGAGCCUACAAGGUGUACGCGACCAUGCGCAACGUGGCCAAGAAGGAGCGGCUCAUGGAGUGCGUGAAGGGCUCCCGCAAAGACACGAUGGACGUGCUGCAGAUGGACGUCACCGACCAGCAGUCCAUCCUGGAGGCCAGGGACAUGAUAAAGGAGAAAAGGGUGGACAUCCUGGUGUGCAACGCCGGCGUGGGGCUCAUCGGUCCUCUGGAAGUCCAGUCCCUGGAGGUGAUGAGGCAGAUCCUGGAGGUCAACGUGCUGGGCACCAUCCGCACUAUCCAGGCCUUCCUGCCGGGGAUGAAGGCCCGACGCUCAGGUCGCGUGCUGGUGACAGGCAGCGUUGGAGGGCUGCAAGGUGAAGGCCUUGGUCUCCCCUUCAACGAGGUGUAUUGUGCCAGCAAGUUUGCGGUGGAGGGCGUCUGUGAGAGCCUCGCCAUCCUGCUGCAGCACUUCAACAUCCACGUCAGCCUGAUCGAGUGCGGCCCCGUCAACACGAACUUCUUAGCCAACCUGCGGAGGCCGGAACCGGACGAAGAAACCCUGACGCGGGUGGACCCUCGCACCCGCGCCCUCUAUGACACCUACCUCCAGCACUGUGACGAAAUGUUCCAGGAUGCAGCACAGGAAGCGGAGGACAUCGCAGAGGUGUUUCUGGAAGCCAUCCGGUCCCAGAGCCCCGCGCUGCGCUACUACACCAACAGCGCCCUGCUGCCGCUCACCACGCUGAAGCUGGCCGCGCGUGACGGCUCCCAGUACGUCAAGUCCAUGAGCCAGUUCGUCUUCUCCUCUCACAAGGCACAAGAACCCUAAGGGUCCACUUGAGCUGCCAUGUUCCUACGAAAAAGGGAGAAUAAUAUUAUUUUUCCUUAUGCCUGAAGGGACCACGCUGACUUGUACACCAGUUUUCCUGUCCUUAACCAAACAUUAUGCCUCUCCCAACGAGAUGUUAUUAUAAAUAAGGGCAGUAGUAAAUAUGGUCUGUAUACACUCAUUAAAAAACAAU